AACGUUUUAAUUUAAGAAAGAGAAAAAAAACAAAGUAAAACGUCAAAUUCCACCGAUAAUCGUUACUAAAUAUUUUCAAACAUCACAACAAGCCUUUGGAGUCAACAGCAGCAACAGCGCAGCAAAAACAACAGGAUUUGAUUAUUACAUGUGACUCAUUUGUUGACUGGCAGUGUGAGAGUCCUAGAGAUAAAUUGGAGUGCAAUUCUACCCAUAUCAAUAUCAUCACAGCAUGGUCAAUUCGUCAGGCAGCGAGGAUGGACAAUGGCGUAGCCCCCAAAUUGGCCAUUAUCUCAGUGCCGGCGAUGAUGAUGAACAUGAAGGAGACGGAGAUGCCCUGUAUAUACAACCGCCGCAGGCUAGCCGGGACUUGUCGGCAACACGGCGUGAGAAGAAAAAACAUUCCCGCGAGCGAAGAAGACACAAGGAUAGAGGAGAAGAUGUAGGAGGAGGAGGUGAACAUCGUUAUGGAGAUUAUCGUGCUGCACGAGAGGAGCAACACUAUCAUCAUCAUCAUCAUCGGCGAGAGCGUUCUGGAGGUGCAGCCGAGCCAUCUAGACAUCAUCAUCAUCAUUUACAAGCUCAUCCACAAAGCUAUCAUUAUGUAGUACCGAAUGCUUUGCCACCACCGCCGCCACCAUCGCAUCAUCAUCACCAGCAUCAGCAUCACCAUCAUGGCAUUUCUCGUAUCCAGAAUCCACGAGGAGGAGAUUCUUAUCAUCAUUCCUAUGCAGCAGCAGCAGCAGCAGCUGCAUAUCAUGGCACUAGUGCCCGGCAUGCUGAUUAUCCAAUGGAAGAGCCACCCCUAUCAUCAUCAGCUGCAGCACCAAGACGGACCAAAGAUGCAGAAAGUCUUGAACAAGAUUUACGAUCUCGCUUGCUUAGUAAGCGGCAUAAAUAUGUCAAGGACUAUGAGGGCAGAGGAGAGAUACGCAGCAGCAGCAGCAGUAAGGAGGGUCGUGGCGACAGGGAACGUGGUAGCAGGAGCAGCCAUAAGCAAAGGCAUGAGCGUGUUAUCGAGUUACUCGAUAGCCCUGAGUCAGUGCAUCCGCCCAAGGGAAGCAGAAGAGGGGUGAUGGAACAACAGCAAUUAAGCAGCAGUAGUAGAAGAAAUUUACACGAGGAUCCCGAAUUGGUGGCACGACGAGAGAAACUUUUAGCCGCCGAGCGCGAGAAUCGGCAACGGAAACAAACGGCCAGAGAGGAAUUGGAGGCCAGGCGAGAGCUUCUGUUUCGGGAAAGGAAUGAACAUCAGAUGACUUCGGGUGAUGCUCUCAGUCCCUCAAAAGUGGCGGCCAGUGUGACGGCUGGCUUGAAUAUAUUUAAGCGAAAGAGCUAUGAAAAGGAUCAAGAGAAACAUAGGAAGCGAAGAAAAGGCGGCGCGCAUGUGCCACAACAUGAGAAUAAAGAGGAUGAUGACGACGACGACGACGACGACGACGAUGAUGACGACGAUGAUGAUGAUGAUGAUGACGAUGAUGAUGAUGAUAGUAGGGCUCGAGCCGUGGGUGCAGAGGACGAUGGGGAGAGCGAAAAAAGUGAUUCCGAGGACGAUGAAGAGGAUGAGGACGAUGAUGAUGACAGCAAUGAGAGUGCCAGCGAUUCGAAUAGCGCGGAAAGCUAUGAACAUAAAAAGAAAACCAAACGGAAAAACAAAUCACAGCCGCAGCCACAGCAGGACAACCAAGAAGACAAUGAAUUGCCCGAUCUGCCAGACAGUCCGUUGAGCGUGGGUGAACUAUACAAGUCACCGCCCAAACCAAAAACAAAACCCAAACCCAAGCAUCAGCACAAACAGCGCUCUCAUUCGGUUAGCUCCUCCAGUUCCAGCUCUUCCUCCUCCUCGAAAUCCAGUCGUCGCAGCAGUCGUUCCCGCACCUCGAGAAGCCCAUCCCGCUCUAGCAUAGAGGAGGGUAAUGCACGAUCGCCUAGUUCGAGCACCCGUAGUGAGGAACGUGGCAUGUCGCAGCAAGAGGAUAACAAGCCAUUGCCUGUAAGCGAGACAAAGGCUUUGAAAUCCUUGGAAGAUCUGCCACCAUGUGAUGACAAGGGUGUCCCCUUGCCCAACUAUUAUCCUGGCGUCCAGGGAUGCCGAUCUGUUGAGGAAUUCCAAUGUCUCAAUCGGAUCGAAGAGGGUACCUAUGGCGUUGUCUAUCGCGCCAAAGAUAAACGAACCAACGAAAUUGUUGCCCUGAAACGACUCAAAAUGGAAAAGGAAAAGGAGGGAUUCCCCAUCACAUCGUUGCGUGAGAUUAACACUCUGCUUAAGGGUCAACAUCCAAAUAUUGUGACUGUACGGGAAAUAGUCGUUGGCUCCAAUAUGGAUAAGAUAUUUAUUGUUAUGGAUUAUGUUGAGCACGAUUUGAAAUCACUAAUGGAAACGAUGAAGAAUCGCAAACAGAGCUUCUUUCCUGGUGAAGUCAAAUGCUUGACUCAACAACUGCUCCUGGCCGUGGCCCAUUUGCAUGACAAUUGGAUCUUGCAUCGCGAUUUGAAGACAUCCAAUCUGUUGCUCUCCCACAAGGGUAUCCUGAAAGUGGGCGAUUUUGGUUUGGCCCGCGAAUAUGGUUCGCCUUUGAAGAAAUAUACCUCUCUGGUGGUCACAUUAUGGUAUAGGGCACCGGAAUUAUUACUCUGCUCGCCAGAGUACUCCACGCCCAUUGAUGUUUGGUCGGUGGGCUGCAUAUUUGCCGAAUUUCUGCAAAUGUUACCUCUAUUCCCAGGCAAAUCCGAGAUAGAUGAACUUAAUCGCAUUUAUAAGGAACUGGGCACACCAAACGAGAAAAUCUGGCCUGGUUAUAAUGAGCUGCCUGCUGUCAAGAAUAUGCUUAGUCAGAACUCACAAUUUACAGAGUACCCUGUCUCACAGUUGCGUAAACAUUUCCAUGAUAAAACAUCGGAGGCGGGUCUGGCUUUGCUUCAGGGUCUCUUAACCUAUGAUCCGAAACAAAGACUGACCGCUGAUGCGGCCCUCAAGCAUGGCUAUUUCAAAGAGCUACCCCUACCCAUCGAUCCAUCCAUGUUUCCCACCUGGCCGGCAAAAAGUGAACUAGGGGCGCGCAAGGCUCAAACUGCAUCGUCGCCGAAGCCACCAUCGGGUGGUUCCCAAUUCAAGCAAUUGGGUAAGGAUGAGCCCAUUGCCACACAGGGUGGAGCAGCAGGCGGUGGUGGAGGCGGCAUGGGAUCCAUCAAUACCGGCAAUAAACUAUCCUCGGGCAUUAUAACGGGCAAUAAAAAAAGUGGCAUUACGGCUGGUGCAACGGGUGCAGCCAAUACAGGAUUCGUUCUGAAUGCGGGUUUGACACAACGCCAAUUGGCCAUGGGCCCCGGUUUCAGUUUGAAAUUCUGAUUCCGGCUGGGAUUUUGGGUUUGGAUUGGAUUUCACUCAAACCUCAUCCCGCCGCCGCCACCGCCGCCGCUUCUCCUCUGUGCCCGUCCCCACACAUAUUUUUUUUAGCCAAUUUUCGAUUAAUUGUUAUGUAUAGAACACGUAGCCAUGUAAGCCAAAAACUUCGUUUAGUUGUAUGUAAAAAUAUUGUUCCAAAAACA